AUGAUAACGAAAUAUUUUACCAAAGUCCAGGUCAAGUUCAACCCGUUCAUUGCUAGUGGUAGUCGUGCCAGAGUUUUCCUUGCCCAUAUGCCUAUAACUGCCAAAUUGGAAACCAAAGUAUUAGCUAAUGGAUCUAAAGAAAAAGAUGAAAUUAUAGUUACAUUCAAAGAUAAGCAUGUCAUGACAGCUGAUCCAGCUACCAUGAACAGUCAAGAGAUGGGAGAGUAUUUUGAUAGACAUUCAAAAAAAUUGGCUAUUAAAGAAGCCAUUGAAGGUUGA